AGAAAAGGUGAAAGGUUGUGGGAAUGUGUCAAUUUGCUAGUCGCCGGUUGGCAAAGCGGUCUCUCGUCUCUUACUUUCAACUUUGACAGAAGCCCGGUGUAUUAUACCCGAGGUUGGUGUAGCUAGAUCGAUAUCUUAAUUUAAUAAGCGGACAUGGCCAAGAAACGAAGAGAAAGACGAGAGGCCGAUAGUGUUUCGUUAGUAACGUUACACGAAGAACCGAAGACAACAUUUAACGAGGCACAAACCCUCAAAGACACUCGAUACACUGGAGGGGGCUCCGCUCGCAUGUCUCUCCUCAUCCUGCUGUCUGUCUUCACCUGCGCUGCUUCUGUCAUGUACCUAGUGUACAGGAAUUUCCCAGAGCUCAACAAUGAUGAGAUGGCUACUAUUAAAAUCCCCAAAGAUAUGGAAGAUGCUAAAGCCUUGGGCACUGUACUUUCCAAAUAUAAAGACACCUACUACACCCAAGUGUUAGUAGCAUACUUUACCACCUAUAUCUUCCUCCAGACAUUUGCAAUCCCUGGAUCCAUCUUCCUCAGCAUCCUGUCUGGUUAUCUCUACCCCUUCCCCCUGGCUCUUUUCCUCGUCUGCCUGUGCUCUGGCCUGGGAGCUUCCUUCUGCUACAUGCUAUCUUAUCUAGUGGGGCGACCAGUGGUCUACAGAUACCUGACAGAGAGAGCCCAGAAAUGGUCCCAGCAGGUAGACAAGCACAGAGAUCAUCUCAUCAAUUACAUCAUAUUUCUGAGGAUCACUCCCUUUCUCCCCAACUGGUUCAUCAACAUCACCUCACCCGUCAUCAACGUGCCUUUGGGGGUCUUCUUCCUUGGUACUUUCUUUGGAGUGGCCCCACCGUCCUUCGUGGCGAUCAACGCUGGUACAACACUGUAUAAACUGACGACAGCUGGGGAGGCAGUGUCCUGGAACUCUCUGAUUGUGCUAGGUGUCCUGGCCGUACUCUCUAUCCUGCCUGUCUGCUUCCAGAAGAAACUGCAGCAGAAGAUGGAGUAGGCAUUAGACAACUCAGCAACUCAUCUGCCUGCCUGAUUCCCCCAGCCCAUCCCUUGGCUCAGGAAUGGUACACCCCGCUGUCACUCACAUAGUCCUGCCUGUUGCUGUCCCACACACCUGCUGAGGUUGCUGUGGAAACAUUGCCCGUUGACACAACCCUGACACAUGUUGUUGUGGCCACCUCAACUUUGUGCUCUACAAAUGACUAACUGGCCUCUGCUCAUCCUUGGGUUUGUUUUCCCAUAUUAGUUAAAUGUUGCUUGCCUGUAAAUUGAAGAUUUUAAGAAAGGAUACAGAAAACAUCAGGCAUCUGUCUUUGUUUUUACUCACAAUGGUUCUCACAAGUUCAAGCUACACUUCCCUCCUUUGUAUUUCUUGAACCGUGUUUUGAAUUGAUUUAAUCUCUUAACCUGUGUGAUAUGGGUGACGUCAAAGCAGUCCUGAUCAGUCGCAGUUCAGUGUUUUUGAUUUUCAGAACAUUUCUGGACUAUUGUUAUGACUGUUUUAUACACUGUUUAGAUUGUGAACAUAUUAAAUCAUUUAGAAUGUUCUAUCACUUGAAGAUAUUGUUAACACACCACCCUAAAAUGAUCUGUGUGCCAUCAAUGUUGACAUGAAAACUGCAUGUGUUCACAUGCAUAUUUACUCGUUUUUCAACCACUCCACAAAUUUCUUGUUAACAAACUAUAGUUUUGGCAAGUCGGUUAGGACAUCUACUUUGUACAAGUAAUUUUUCAAACUAUUGUUUACAGACAGAUUAUUUCUCUUAUAAUUCACUGUAUCACAAUUCCAGUGGGUCAGAAGUUUACAUACACUAAGUUGACUGUGCCUUUCAACAGCUUGGAAAAUUCCAGAAAAUUAUGUAAUGGCUUUAGAAGCUUCUGAUAGGCUAAUUGACAUCAUUUGAGUCAAUUGGAGGUGUACCUGUGGAUGUAUUUCAAGGUCUACCUUCAAACUCCGUGCCUCUUUGCUUAACAUCAUGGGGAAAUCAAAAGAAAUCAGCCAAGACUUUAGGAAAAAAAUUGUAGACCUCCACAAGUCUGGUUCUUCCUUGGCGCAAUUUCCAAAUGCCUGAAGGUACCACAUUCAUCUGUACAAACAAUAGUACGUAAGUAUAAACACCAUGGGACCACGCAACUGUCAUACCGCUCUGGAAGGAGACGCGUUCUGUCUCCUAGAGAUGAACGUACUUUGGUGCGGAAAGUGUAAAUCAAUCCAAGAACAACAGCAAAGGAACUUGUGAAGAUGCUGGAGGAAACAGGUACAAAAGUAUCUAUAUCCACAGUAAAACGAGUCCUAUAAUCGACAUUACCUGAAAGGCCGCUCAGCAAGGAAGAAGCCACUGCUCCAAAACCUCCAUAAAAAAAGCCAGACUACGGUUUGCAACUGCACAUGGGGACAACUUUUUGGAGAAAUGUCCUCUGGUCUGAUGAAACAAAAAUAUAACUGUUUGGCCAUAAUGACCAUCGUUAUGUUUGGAGGAAAAAGGGGGAUGCUUGCAAGCCGAAGAACACCAUCCAAACCGUGAAGCACGGGGGUGGCAGCAUCAUGUUGUGGGGUUUCUUUGCUGCAGGAGGGACUGGUGCACUUCACAAAAUAGAUGGCAUCAUGAGGUAGGAAAAGUAUGUGGAUAUAUUGAAGCAACAUCUCAAGACAUCAGUCAGGAAGUUAAAGCUUGGAUGCAAAUGGGUCUUCCAAAUGGACAAUGACCCCAAGCAUACUUCCAAAGUUGUGGCAAAAUGGCUUAAGGACAACAAAGUCAAGGUAUUGGAGUGGCCAUCACAAAGCCCUGACCUCAAUCCUAUAGAAAACUUGUGGGCAGAACUGAAAAAGCGUGUGCGAGCAAGGAGUCCUACAAACCUGACUAAUUUACACCAGCUCUGUCAGGAGGAAUGGGCCAAAAUUCAACCAACUUAUUGUGGGACGCUUGUGGAAGGCUUCCCGGAACGUUUGACCCAAGUUAAACAAUUUAGAGGCAAUGCUACCAAAUGCAAAUUGAGUGUAUGUAAACUUCUGACGCACUGGGAAUGUGAUGAAAUAAAUAAAAGCUGAAAUAAAUUAUUCUCUACUAUUAUUCUGACAUUUCACAUUCUUAAACUAAAGUGGUGACCCUAACUGACCUAAGACAGGGAAUUUAUACUCAGAUUAAAUGUCAGGAAUUGUGGAAAACUGAGUUUUUAAAUGUAUUUGGCUAUGGUGUAUGUAAACUUUCGACUUCAACUGUAGUAAGAUAAAUAUGAAACCCUUGAUGCUUUUGCUGGGCCUAUCACUAAAACAUCGCUAAUAAUUGGAUUUCCCCUUUAAUUGUAUGAAACGGCAUAUCAAGUAUUGAAAACUGGUGUUUUUGUAUACAAUUAUUUUAUUUGUUCUAAUGGUGCUGACUGCCUCUCUGCCUGUGUGCUCUCCCUCUUGUGCGUCACCAGUCCAAAUGUUCUGCCAGUUGAAAAAUGCAGUAAUGGAUGACCCAGCAGUGCCCUUUGCAAAGCUACCAAUUUAGAUUUUUGGUUGUUCAUGCUUUUCCCAGGUGUUAGUGAUUUCACACUGCUACUUCAUGUACAGUGCCUUCAGAAAGUUGUCACACCCCUUUACUUUUCCAAAUGUUGUUGCGGGAUUAAAAUGGAUGUAAUUGUAAUAUUUUUGUCAAUCAUCUGCACAAUACUCUGUCGAAGUGGAAGAAAAAUUCUAACAUUUGUAAAAAAAUAAAACUAAUAUAUGCUACAUGA